CGCCACCUCCUUCGAUAACCUGCGAAGCACUCACUCAAAUCUAAAUGCUUAAAUAAACCCAAAUUCUCCGAUCCAAGCCAGAUUAGAUACCCCCAUUCUCUCCAUCUUUCGUUAUUGUCGGUGGUAAUCUUCAGUUGCCCUUAAUCUUUUUCAAGGCGUUAGGAUCCAGAAUUGUCCCAGUUUAGCUCAACAGAAGGGGGCUAUGGAGUCGAUACUGGCGAGAGCGUUGGAGUACACUCUCAAGUACUGGCUCAAAUCCUUCUCUAGAGAUCAAUUCAAGUUGCAGGGUCGGACGGUGCAGCUCUCGAAUCUAGAUUUAAACGGGGAUGCUUUGCAUUCAAGUGUUGGAUUGCCACCUGCGCUGAAUGUUGUGACGGCGAAAGUGGGGAAAUUGGAGAUCAUGCUUCCUUCGGUGAGCAACGUUCAAAUAGAACCCAUCAUUGUUCAAAUUGAUCGUCUUGAUUUGGUUCUUGAGGAGAAUGCUAAUUUCGAUGCAUCUGCCAGUCCAAAGUGUACCAUGGCAUCUACUGCCUCCACAAAGGGUAGCGGAUAUGGUUUUGCCGAUAAGAUUGCAGAUGGAAUGACUAUACAGAUUCACACAGUUAACUUGUUACUUGAAACUCGUGGAGGUGUUGGCCGCCAAGGGGGAUCAACUUGGGCACCACCUAUGGCAUCUAUCACCAUAUGCAAUCUUUUGCUCUAUACCACAAAUGAAGAAUGGCAGGUUGUAAAUCUUAAGGAAGCAAGGGAGUUCUCCAGCAACAAGAAGUAUAUUUACGUAUUCAAAAAACUUGAAUGGGAAUCUUUGUCUAUUGAUCUUUUGCCACAUCCUGACAUGUUCACGGGUUCUACUUUAGGCCGCUCUCAAGAGGGAGCGAACCAGAGAGAUGAUGAUGGUGCCAAGAGAGUUUUUUUUGGAGGCGAGCGAUUCCUAGAAGGAAUAUCUGGAGAGGCAUAUAUUACAAUUCAGAGAACUGAAUUAAACAGUCCACUUGGGCUUGAGGUUCAGUUACACAUUACUGAAGCUGUGUGCCCAGCAUUAAGUGAACCAGGACUACGUGCUCUUCUCCGCUUUAUGACGGGUAUUUAUGUCUGCCUAAACCGAGGAGAUGUUGAUUUCAAGGCUCAACAGCUGUCCACAGAAGCAGCUGGGCGCUCUCUUGUCUCUAUUGUUGUGGACCACAUAUUUUUUUGCAUUAAAGAUACUGAAUUCAAGCUUGAGCUUUUGAUGCAGUCUCUCUUCUUUUCUCGGGCUUGCAUUUCUGAUGAUGAUGAUGACUAUAACUUAACACGUAUUACAAUUUCUGGACUAUUUCUGAGGGAUACCUUCUCAAACCAUCCAUGUACCUUGGUGCAGCCGUCAAUGCACACUUUGACAAGAGAAGCUCUCCAUGUGCCAGAAUUUGCUAGGAGCUUUUGUCCCCCUAUAUAUCCAUUAGGUGAACAGAAGUGGCAACUAAUUGAAGGUACCCCUCUAAUAUGCCUUCAUUCCCUACAGAUCAAGCCUUCUCCCCUUCCACCAGCCUUUGCUUCUCAAACUGUUAUCCACUGUCAGCCUCUGAUGAUUCAUCUCCAAGAAGAAUCCUGCUUGAGGAUUUUUUCUUUCUUAGCUGAUGGCAUUGUUGUCAAUCCUGGUGAUGUUUUGCCAGAUUUCUCAGUAAAUUCUCUCAUUUUCACACUUAAGGGACUAGAUCUUACAAUUCCUUUGGACGAGACCAAAAUAAAUAUUCCUGAAAGCAACUUGGAGAGUUCAGUCCCGAGCUUCUUUUCUGGAGCAAGGCUUCAUAUUGAAAGCCUUUUGUUUUCAGAUUCACCCUCUUUGAAACUAAGAAUGCUGAACCUGGAGAAGGAUCCUGCUUGUUUCUGUCUUUGGGAAGAUCAACCAAUUGAUGCUAGCAUCAAGAAGUGGACUGCUAGAGCAUCACAUCUUUCUUUGUCUCUUGAAACAUGUAAAGGAGAAACUGGGUCUCAGAAUUCUCUUGGAUGGAGUGCAGGAUUAUGGAGAUGUGUUGAACUGAAAGAUGCUUGCAUUGAAGUAGCUAUGGCAAUGGCUGAUGGCACUCCAUUGUUAGAAGUUCCUCCACCAGGGGGUAUUGUAAGGGUUGGAGUUGCAUGUGAACAAUUUUUAUCCAACACUUCUGUUGAACAGCUAUAUUUUGUUCUUUAUCUCUAUGCUUAUUUUGGGAGCGUUGGUGAGAAAAUUGCAAAAGCUGGGAAAAGUAAACGACUGAUGGAUGCCAGGGAGAAAUAUUCUAGUAGAAAGUUUAUGGACAAGGUUCCCAGUGAUACUGCUGUAAGUUUAGCAGUGAAAGACCUCCAACUUCGAUUUCUGGGGUCUUCUUUAAUGAAUGUUGAGGAAAUGCCUCUUGUGCAGUUUGUUGGAGAUGAUCUGUUCAUUAGUGCCACUCAUAGAACCCUUGGUGGUGCUGUUGUUGUUUCAUCUGCUUUACGUUGGCAGAGUGUUAAGAUCGAUUGUGCAGAUGCCGAACCUCACCUGGCACAUGAAAACGGCUCAAUUUUGAAUUUUGUUGAGAGUAUUCCCCCAAUGAGUGGUAACGGAUAUCCUCAAUUAAGAGCUGUAUUUUGGAUUAAUAACAAUAGGAACAAUCUAUCAAAUGGAAAUUCUCUCUCAUUUCCUUUUCUGGAUAUACGCAUGGAGCAUGUCAUUCCAUUAAAUGAACAAGACAUGGAGUCUCAUAGCUUGAAUGUCUCUGCUUCUAUUUCUGGUGUUCGCCUUGGGGGAGGAAUGAAUUAUACAGAAGCCCUGCUGCAUCGCUUUGGGAUACUUGCACCUGAUGGUAGCCCGGGAUUGGGACUUUGCAAAGGACUAGAGAACUUACAAUCAGGACCAUUGUCAAAACUCUUUAAGACAGCACCUCUGGUCAUUGAUAAUUCAGGAGAUGAUGGAAGUGCUAUUGAAGGGAAAGAAUCCAACUUUUUACAGUUGAAGAAGCCAGAUGAUGUGGAUGUUGCUGUAGAAUUGAGAGAUUGGUUAUUCGCUCUUGAAGGGGCUCAAGAGAUGGCUGAAAGUUGGUGGUUCUCCGGCCAUGAAGAUGUAGGCAGAGUGGAGAGGUGUUGGCACACUACUUUCAACAGUCUACGAGUACAUGCAAAAAGCAGCCCAAAGGAUGUUUCUAAUGGAAAAACUCAAUUGAAAGGAAUGCAACAAUUUCCAGUACAGCUGAUUACGGUUAGAGUUCAAGGACUGGAGAUCUUCAAGCCCCAUACAAGAAAGGACAUUCCCUCGUCCAUGUUAAUUGCCAAUGGGAUUAAACAGCCCUCCGACACAGUUGGGGGAGCUGGUCUUGAAGUUCGCUUGGUACUAUGUGAGGACAAUGUUGAUGAUGAAAUGACUAACUGGAAAGUGGAAAACGUAAAAUUCUCUGUUCACCAACCGAUUGAGGUGGUCGUAACGAAGGAUGAGUUUCAGCACCUUGCUUUUCUGUGCAAAUCUGAAAUUGACUCAAUGGGCCGGAUAACAGCUGGGAUUCUACGGCUCCUUAAGUUGGAAGGUUCUGUUGGCCAGUCUGCAAUGGAUCAAUUAAGCAACCUAGGAACUGAAGGCAUUGACAAGAUUUUCUCUCGUGAAAAGCUCCAGAGAGAUGGUAGCGCCCAAUCUCCAUCAACCCUCAUCGGUGAAAGUCCACACAGAUCAAAGAAACGAACAUUAAAUUUGCUGGAGGAAGCAGUCAUGGAUUCACAGGCGAAACUUAAUGCUUUAAUUGCUGAAGCUUCAGAGACUUCCACUCAGCACCUUCUUGUUGUGAACGAAGUCCGUCAAAAGAUUGAGACUAUGCAGAAUCUAUUGGUGCAGUUGCGGAAUCAACUUUAGGACAAUCAUUCCAUUUUCAUAGGUUAUAAUUCUUUUGUAUAUAGCAUACGAGUCCAUGCUGAGUGUUGUGCAAGUUAGGCUGAGAUUAAGUUCGUCAUCAGUGUAACAUAAAAAUUUUGUUAACUAAGCAUCGUAGGAUGGAGGAAUUUGUGAUAUUAAGUUUUGGACUGUUGUUCCCUUUUAUUUUGGCACUGUCGAAUUACAUAACAUUCUAGAUUUUUUGUCAUGAGCAGUCACAAUGAGAUUUUAAUCUUGUGACAAUAUUCGGGGCGAAGGCCACACAACAACGUUUUCCUAAA